CCCCUCUCGACCUUUUCUAACCAAGUUAGAGUUACGGCUUUUACAAACUUAAACCCAGAAGAAGCUCCAAAAGCCGCAAAGCCUUCCUUCUGUUCCCAAUCCUUCUCUUUAUUGGGGAAAGGAAAAGUCAAUAUUUGGAAAAGUUGAGUCGCACCGUUUAUUUUCCCCCCUCCUGUUGUGUUAUCGUCAUUGAAGUUAUGAAACGCCAAGCCGGUGAGCUUUCCUUACAGCUAAAGCUAAGAAGGAUACCUAAAGUAGCCACUUUCCUCAUCGCCAUAACUAUUCUUUUGUCUCUUGUCAUUUCUGUGUAUUCUCCUCCUUCAUUCUGGUACAAGCUCGGUGAAAUAUCUGAAGCAACCCCUUCUCUCGAGGAGUCAACGAUAAGGAGGCCUAAAGAUCCCGAAUGGCCGGAAUCUAAUGAUACAACGAAGUCCAAAGAAAUUCUAGGCGGCGAUGAGCCCGGAAGCCAAAAAGCAGCACAAGAAACAGCAGCUGCCGGCAGCACCACGUCCUCAUCAAUUCCAAGCCCAAGCUCUCCUGCUCAGAUUGAUCAUAGUUACAACAGGACAAAUUCCCAGAAUCCAACAGGUACUACUCAAGAAAACUACUGUGAUUUGUUUUCAGGGGAAUGGGUUCCCAACCCAGAGGCGCCAUAUUAUACCAACGCCACCUGUUAUAGGAUUCAAGACCAUCAGAAUUGCUUGAAAUACGCAAGACCCGACACGGGUUUCUUGAAAUGGAGGUGGAAACCAGACGGGUGCGUGCUGCCAAUCUUCGAUCCCAACCAUUUCUUGGAGCUGGUCCGAGGAAAGUCCAUUGCCUUUAUUGGAGACUCUGUCGCAAGGAACCAUAUGCAGUCAUUGAUCUGUCUCUUGUCCAGGGUUCUUGAUCCUCUGGAUGUUUCUACUGGGAAUGAUGAGAACCAGCAUUGGGUAUACAAGGAUUAUAACUUCAAUAUUUCCAUCUUUUCAGCUCCGUAUCUGGUAAGGUCAGAAAAAACUGAUCCCAACGACGUCACCCGCCCCUUCAAUCUAUAUCUAGAUGAGUUUGACGAGGACUGGACAACAAAGGUUGAAGGGUACGACUACAUUGUUAUUUCAGCUGGCCAAUGGUUCUUCCGGCCAACCAUUUUCUAUGAAAAUCGCACUCUGAUUGGCUGCCUCGCCUGUCAACUGGACAAUGUUGCUCACUUGAGAAUGAACUUUAGCUAUGAAAGAGCUUUCAGAACUGCUUUCAGAGCCAUUAACAGCUUAGCAAAUUUUAAGGGCGUGACAUUCCUCAGGACCAUUACCCCGUCACACUUCGAAGGUGGAUCUUGGGACAAAGGUGGAGACUGUGUGAGAACGAUGCCUUAUAAGAGGAAUGAGGCUGUCUUGGAGGACUACAUGGUAGAAAUGUACGAGAUUCAACAGCGGGAACUCAGAAUCGCACAAGAAGAAGGAAGCAAGAGAGGUUUGAAAUUUAGGUUGCUGGAUGCAACACAACCCAUGUUGCUAAGACCGGAUGGUCACCCAAGUAAAUAUGGCCACUGGGCAAAUGAGAAAAUGGCUAAUGAUUGCGUGCAUUGGUGUUUGCCUGGACCCAUUGACACCUGGAAUGACUUCUUGCAAGAGUUAAUCGAAAGGGAGGAAGCAAGAAAAUCAUUGGUAUAGGAGUAGUAUUUGGGUAUAAUUCCUGGAUUUCAUUUCGCAGAAACAGUUGCCGCAAUUGGCCAGCCACAGCUAGUCAGCUACAGCCACAUAUACCAAAGAGAUAAUUUCAAGGAGACAAAUGGAUAUUCAUAUUUUUUCCAUCGAUGAUAGUGCCGGUUUUUUUUUUUCCCUUCUUUCUCUAAACUGUUCUUUAAAGAUUGUUUGUUCCCUUCUCUAUCGGAAACACCAAUACCGUUCAGCGACU